CGUUGAGGCGUAUUUCAAGUUGCGCAAAACAACUGUUUGAGGAAAAUGUUUCGCGACAAAAAAAUCCAGUUUAAAUGAUUAACCAUUCCUGAACUUUCUUACAGUGGCACUGUUCUGGCUACAGUGACCACAAAAUGGAAAUAGCACCUCAUAGGUUUACUCUAUGGACAUUGUUGGUGGUCCUUCUGAUAAGUAGUCAGUAUAUUCUUUGUAAAUACGUUGAUAUAGUUGUGGAUGUCCAAGCACCGCUGACGAAUUUAAAUCAUUUUUGGAGGAGCACCGGUUACUGCCCCCCUCUUCCUCACACCAAAGCAGAUCUGUUUGACCUGAGCAGGGAUCAGGAGUUGAAUUUGGCCUACAUUGGCUCAGCACCCCACAGUGGGAUUCAGCAGGUGCGGAUCCAUUGGCUCCUUGAACUCGUCUCAGCACAGGUUGCAAAUGGAGAGACAUGGUACAAUUUCACAAAUCUGGAUAAAUUGAUUGAUCAGCUGUGGCAGAAUGGUCUUAAGCCAGGAUUUGAGUUGAUGGGUAGUGUGUCCAACUUCUUUCAUGACUUUGAGGAUAAAAGACAAGUGAUUGAGUGGCGAAACCUGGUCUAUCAUAUUGCUGUGAGGUACAUUGGGAAGUAUGGCCUCGGAUAUGUCUCACAGUGGAAUUUUGAAACAUGGAAUGAGCCGAACAAUCAUGACUUUGACAAUGUUACUGUUUCCAUUCAAGGGUUCCUGAAUUAUUAUGAUGCUUGCUCUGAAGGCUUGCGGGCAGCCAGCCCUGCUUUACGUUUCGGGGGUCCUGGAGACUCCUGUCACUCCCCUCCCCACUCACCAUUCUGCUGGGCCAUGCUGAACCACUGUUAUAAUGGAAUAAACUAUUUCACUGGAGAGAGGGGUGUUCGACUUGAUUAUAUCGCCCUGCACAAAAAGGGUGGGGGCUACUCUUUACCAAUACUGCAACAGGAGACUGAUACAGUGAAAGAGAUUCAGAAGCAUUUCCCCCUAUUUCAAUCCAAACCCAUAUAUAAUGAUGAGGCGGAUCCCCUUGUGGGCUGGUCGAAACCACAGACGUGGAGAGCAGAUGUGACCUAUGCUGCAAUGGUGGUAAAGGUGAUCUAUCAGCAUCAGGACUUGCUCAUAGCCGACCCCGACAACAACAUCAAUUACACUCUCCUGAGCAACGACAACGCCUUCCUUAGUUACCAUCCCUACCCAUUCACCCAGCGCACGCUCACAGCCCGUUUCCAGGUCAACAACACCAAGCCACCUCAUGUGCAGUUGCUAAGGAAACCUGUUUUGACGGUUAUGGGAUUGCUGGCAUUGUUAGGAGAAACGCAAGUACUAGCUCAAAAUCUGUCAGAUGAAGCACCUGAGAAUAAUACAGUUGGAGUCCUUGCAAGCACCCAUACACCCACGAUUCCUGGGACCUCUGACAGUUGGCAGUCCACUAUUGUCAUAUACAACAGCAAGGACAACAGUACCUCUUCUGCUGUCGAUCAGAUCCGAAUCCAGCUCAAAGGUUUCCCUACUCAACAAGGACUUGUGUAUGUCAAAUACUACCUGGACAAUAAUUCCACAAAUCCUUACCAGCUGUGGCAAAGCAUGGGAAGCCCAGAUUUCCCUACAGUGGAGCAGUUCAGGCAACUGAGGCUUCUAGAGGAUCCAGUGAUGGAAGGGCCUCUGCCAUUUCCUGAUGGGGAAGGCGUAACCCUGAGGGCAAACCUGCCAAUCCCAUCCAUCCUCCUUAUCCAUGUGUGUGCCAAACCCAGUGCUGUGCCAGGCCAGGCAAACGGCUUACGUUUCAUUCCCAUCACCAAGGGCCAAGUUCUUAUUAUAUGGAAGGAUCAUUGUAUUAAUUCCAAGUGCAUUAAAUCCUAUGAGAUAGAGUUCUCAAGGGACAUGGCCAAAUUCCAAAGGAUAAAUGAUCGCAAUACCAUCUUUACCUCGUAUGCAUAUUCACCAGAAAACAUGGAAGUGUCUGGUUUCUACCGAGUACGAGCAAUGGACUACUGGGAAAGAUCUGGGGAGUUUUCACUAACAGAGAAAUAUGUGGAGGGCCAGUGACCGCAUCUUCAUCAUUUGACAUACUGAAUCAUUGCUGCCGCAUCUUCAUCAUUUGACAUACUGAAUCAUUGCUGCUGCAUUUAUUUUUGGUGACUGAUUAUGACUUGAAUGUAUUUUUCGACCAGCUGCACACAUAAUAUAUGCAUUUGCACAAUUUUAAAAUUUUAGAUCAGGAUAGUAACAAGGGAAUAUUUUUCAACAGUUUGUAAAUCCUCUUUGUUAAUAAACAAGGUGCUGCUCAUUCAGUGUAGUCAUCUUCUGUGUGGGAUGUACUACUCAGCUCUUGCAUAACAAAACAAAAUGAUGAUGAAAUCCUACUGUUAUGGAAAGAUAUAUUUUUUUUACUUUUAAUUCCUUUACAGUUGUUACAGUCUAGGCACUUUAAGACAGUUCUACUCCAAUAUCUCACCAUCUUGACCAAGCCAGCUCCUUUGUGCAACCCCAAAGUAGAUGUCAUGUUUCUUAGACACAUGAUCUCCAAGCCUGAUGUAAAACUUUCUCCCUUUGAUGUAUGUUCUGAACCAGUUUAACACAGAGUCAGACAGCCCAACUACCUUUUCAAGACGAUUGAUUAGGAUUUCAUGAUCAAUCGUAUCAAACGCUGCGCUUAGGUCUAAAAGGACAAGGAUUGAGACCUUAUUUGCAUCCAAAUUUAGUCUGAGGUCGCUGAUUACUUUAGAAAGAGCAGUUUCAGUGCUGUGGCAUGUUCUAAAGCCUGAUUGAAAUUUCUCCAGGAUAUUGUUUCUUUAAGAAACAAGUUCAUUUGCACUGAAACUAAUGUAUGGAAGAUUGAAAAUCGCCCUAUAGUUGGUCAGUGCAUUACCAUGUAGGUUGGGUUUCUUUAGUAAGGGUUUUACAACAGCUGUUUUGAAAGCAUCUGGGAAGAUGCCUGUUCGAAGAGAUGUAUUUAUAAUCUUCAGGACAUGACUUGAAACACUGUCGGACACCUGCUUAAAAAAAUGCUGUAGAUACAGGGUCAAUAUAUGAGGUGGAGGAGUUGCACUCAGUGAGUCAAUGUGAUGUAGGUGAAAUUUCCCAUGCUUGCAACUUUUUUAUAGUGUUUUCUGAGGCCAUCUGCAUUUACAUCAGAAAUAAUACUGGCUCUAAUUGAAGUUAUCUUGUUAUUGAAGAACAGUGCAGGUUCUUCACAUUUUGAUGCGGAGGAGUAGGGGCAGUGUGGAGUAGAUGGUCGAUAGUGGAGAAUAAUAUUCUAGAAUUUCCAACAUUCUCUGUAAUCCUUUCAAUAAUAUCAUUACCCACAUCACUUUCUUUACCUCAUAACUUAUGAUCAAUGGGACGUAAAGGUUUUCAUACAGUACUUUUUUACUUCCCUUAAAUCACCUCAUCCUUUCACGACAGCAAAAAACUUGUUUUAUUUAACUAAUGGUGAGGUUCUGUUAGUCAUUCAUUCUCAACAGUUCCAUAUACUUUCUCCCAUAGAAAUCACAACAUGUGGCAUCAAACCCCCCCAAAAACCAAGAGUAAUUGAUUGGAAUGUAAUGUAAUUCCCUGCUGUCAUUUGGACGACAUGCUACAGAAUAAAGAUUUAUCCAUUCAAAAUCUGUAAAUGCAUGGUCUGAACCCAAAGCUACUGACCCUUUAGUAAAUAUAAAUGUUUGUAGUGAGCUCUACUAAAUGGACUCCAAAUCAUCUGUGCAAAAGCAGUUACACACCAUCUGGUUAUCUGAACAUUGUAUAUCCCUUUGAUACUAUUAAAACAAACAUCUACAACAGGA